AUGGAAGGUCCUCACUUGACUGAAGAGGAGAUGACAGAGAUUAAAAAAGACGUCUUGAUCCACAUGCGGCACUUUCUCUGUGAGAGGAUCCGUGCGGAGCGUCACUUGGACUUCCUGAGGUCCCGGAGGAUCUUGUCCCGGGACGAUGCGGAGGAGAUCAGCUGCAGGUCCACUCAGAGGAAGAGGACCGCACUUUUACUGGACUUUCUGAUGGACAACCCCAGAGGACUGGACGCACUGCUGGACUCCAUCAGAGAGAUGCGCUCACAAAACUUCAUCAUCACCCAAGUUACAGAUGAACUGCAAAAGGCUAAAAACGAGAAGCUUGAGUCUCUUAGAGCCGCUGCUUCCAGUUCAUCGGACUUGACUCCUGGCACGACCCCCACCUCGGACCUAUCGUUUUGCAACACCUCCACUUUGCUUUUUUCCCCGGAGGGAGAGAAGAACCCCUCCACUUCAGAUUUAGGAGCUUCACUCAACCUCAUGUCUCUGCAGAAGGGGGCCGAGUUGAGCUCCGUGGCCUGCUCCCACCUACCCCCCGCCUCCACAUCCACCUCCGCCAGUCUCCCCAAACCCGGAGACGCCGGAGCACCACCUCUGCCGGACCAAGCGUUGAUGGAAUCCUCCUCCGAUAUAGACGCUGCCUCCGCUGGGUGUUCCACUACAGGAGGAGACCCCAACUUCCAGCCGCUCAGAUCACGCUCUCUCACUCCAACUUCAGCCAGGAAUAUUUUUUGA